AUGGAAGAUGCCGCCCAUCAGAUACCCCCAUACUUCCUCCAAGCACCACGGCUGCUCGAUACAUUGGAGACCGAAACAUCUACCAUACAAGACGAAACCAUGAGCGAGUGCUUGCCUCUCCUCAAUGGCAUCAACGACCCAUCCCGAAGUCCUUUUGAUUUCAAUGAGUUUGGAUUGCUUUAUUUAGACAAAGAAGCGCACAUUGGAUUUCUAAACCAGCACUUGGACGAAUUCCCUGCUCCUUUCGUUGGUAUGGAUGCAAGUCGUCCUUGGAUGGUGUACUGGGGCUUAGCAGGACUUUACAUGCUGGGUGAAGAUAUCACAGUAUUCCGCUCGAGAGUCGUCAAAACAUUUUAUCCCAUGCAACACCCCAACGGCGGCAUUGGUGGUGGCUUUGGUCAAGAUGCGCACCAAGCUGGAACCUAUGCAGCGUUGCUGUCUCUGGCUCUAGUCGGCGGCGAAGAGGCAUAUUCACUUAUCGAUCGUGAAAAGAUGUGGCACUGGCUAGGACGGCUCAAGCAGACAGAUGGAGGCUUUCGGAUAUGUGAAGGAGGUGAGGAAGAUACUCGGGGCGCUCUGUGUGCCUUGGUUGCCAUUUCACUUCUCAACCUUCCUCUCUCACUUCCUCCUGAAUCUCCGGCUCGUAUUUCAGGUCUGAAAACGUUCAAGGAUGGACUCGGGGAGUAUCUCUCGCGCUGCCAGACCUAUGAGGGUGGAAUUGCAGCGUCACCAGGAGGUGAAGCGCACGGAUCAUACACCUUUUGUGCACUGGCCUGUCUGUGCCUAUAUGGUCCACCGCGCGAAACAUUUAGCAAGUUUCUUAAUGUCGAUGCACUGGUAUGGUGGCUCUCUUCCCGACAAUAUGCGCCUGAAGGAGGGUUCGCUGGCCGCACAAAUAAACUGGUGGAUGGUUGUUAUAGCCACUGGCUGGGUGGUUGCUGGCCUCUGGUAGAAGCGGCGGUGAGCGGUCCUCGAGACUCGGCUGAUGAGAAAGCGAGGGACGUGAGCGACAAUUUGUACAGUGGUGAAGGGCUGGCAAGCGACGAUCCAUUUGGUCCAGCCUUUUCCUGGCAGUUCUGGGAAGCCCAAGUCCCUAGCGAGAGCGAUUCUAGUAAGGUCUUUGAAGCGGGAACGGGAGUCAAGCCCAUCCACCCGGUCUUUGUGAUUCCCCAUGAAUCAGCAAAGGCGAUGCGGGAGUGGUCUUUGGCCAGGCCUCUCGAGGUUCUAGGCGCAAAAUAA